AUGCCGGGAAUACUGCCCAUGAAGGUGAUCAAGGUGGGAACCAGCACGCAAAGCCGGAUCGCCCAAGCCUGCGACCGCUGUAGGAGCAAGAAAAUCCGAUGCGAUGGAAUACGCCCAUGCUGCACGCAAUGUGCCAAUGUCGGAUUCGAGUGCAAGACCAGCGACAAACUGAGCCGGCGCGCGUUCCCCAGGGGAUACACAGAAAGUUUGGAGGAGAGAGUCAGGGUCCUGGAGGCUGAGGUUCGCGACCUGAAAGACUUGCUGGAUGAGAAGGACGAAAAGAUCGAUAUGCUAUCCAAGAUGCACGGGAAUCACCGCCGGCCGUCCGUAAGCUCCGGUUCGGGUAUGCAAUCGAGCGCGAAUUCGCCGGCCGAGACCAGGCCAGGGAGAGAGCCGACGCCGCCCAAGGAGGACACAUUCAAGAUCCAAGCCUCACCGCUUCUGCUUGGGGUUGAGAACUCAGACUCGUACUUCAUGGGUCCAUCAAGCGGGCGAGGCUUCGUAGAGGCCUUCAAGCGCAAAUUGCAAGAAGCCGGAAAGCCAUCCUCGGACUUCAACACCGAUGCCUUCUUGCAUAUACAGGGUUGUUACCCUCUAGUGUCCAAAGACUCAGCCGUGCCGAUGAGAGUUCCGCCACGUCUCUUCACUGACCGAUGUGUCAAUGUCUAUUUCCAGGAGUGGGCGCCGUUGUUCCCCGUCAUACACAAACCGACGUUCCUACGCAUCUAUGAAGAAUUUGUGUCGGACCCUGAAAAGGUCAAGAACAACCACAAGCUUGCACAAUUGCACCUUGUCUUCAGCAUCGCUGCUCUCUCUAGCGACAGGCCGGAUUUGGUCCAGAUCGCUUCUUGUGAGCAACAAUGGCAACGGUCAGUCGAGGCAGUUCUCAUGGAGAACACCAUGAACACCCUGCAAUGCCUGGUGCUUGCCUUGAUAUACUGCACAGUAAGGGCAGACUAUAAGCGCCUCCAGCACUACAAGGGAAUCGCGGUCGGCCUGUCUCACCGCCUCGGUCUUCACCAGAGUCAAAAGCGGUUCUCGUUCGGAGCCCUCACGAUUGAGACCCGCAAAAAGGUCUUCUGGACACUCUACACGUUGGACUGCUUCUCUGCUGCAAUUCUGGGGCUUCCUAAGCUUAUCAAGGAAGAGGACGCCCACGCGGAAUACCCCUCCGACACCGACGACGAAUACGUCACCGAGAAAGGCUUCCAGCCGACGCUCCCUGGAGAAUACACGAAGCUCUCGUCUGCUUUGGCCCUCUUCCGAGCUGCUCGCAUCAUGGCCAAGGUGCUCGAGAAGCUCUAUCCAGCCGCAACUUCGUACGACCUCUCCUUGCAGCAAAUGUCCGCGCUUGAAGCAGAGCUCGACAACUGGUCCGAAAACCUGCCCCAGCACUUGAAGCUCACUUUCCGGCAAGACAAGCCGUCAACAGAUGUCACUGGUAGCAGGUCACCGUUGUUGUCUCUUACGUAUUACUACAUUCGAACACUUAUCUACAGACCAGCCAUUGGCUCCAGCCUCGGUCACAAGGCGGCACCAGCCCGACUAUCUGUGAGCGAAUCAGCGAAGCACAUGAUUCAAAUUGCUCAGUUGCUCGAAGAGAGGAGCAUGUCGUUCUCUUUCUGCCUCAACAAGGCCGACCUUCUGUUGAUCUGUGGCAUGACGCUGUUGUACCAAGGGAUGGAUCUGAAGCAAGACAGUAAGAUGCUAAAGGACAAUGAGCGGCUUGUGAAUGCCGUCAUCAAAAUUGUCGAGCGGAUCAAGGCGCCUAGUACGCACGAUUUCAAGCGAAUCGCGAGCGUGCUUAUCAGCCUCGACGAACCGAUUAGCUCAUUACCAACGCCGCCGAGGCAGAGUCCGGACACGAGUAUGGCUGCGCCACCGCCGCAACAACAGCGGACAUCGCCAGCCCCGAGACCAAAGAAGAAGUCGUCGCAUGGACACCAGUCCCAACAAUAUCCCCUUGGUCGGCAUUCAGGCGCAAGCAUGAGCGAGACCGAUCUGCUGUCGCAACAGGAGAAGCUGCGAAGAAUGACCAUGCCGAACCUAACCCCCGUGCCCGGCACGGGACGGCCGGACCUACAUCGGUCCUCCUCUCGCACGUCCUUCGACAGCGUCAGGCCAAAUCCAGCUUCGAUCAUGCAGCGCCGUGACCAACGUCUAUCCACCUCGCAGGCUGCCAUGAUAGCCAGAGUGUCAUCGGGACAAAAGACGAAUCUAGAUUUCCUCUCAUUAGGAAAUGGACCGAACCAGCCUGGCUCGUCCUCACCGGCCCAGAAUCACCACCCCUCGUCUAGUGGGACCCCGACCCAACAGCACUACGCACCCAUUCAAGUUCCACCCAAAGCUGCUGCCGGAGGCGUGUCAUCAUCCGAAUGGGAGGCCCUACUUGGCCAAAUCGAUGGUGGACAAAUCAAUCUCUACGACGCCAUCUACGGGGGUCCUCAGGUAUCGCUGGAGACACCCGUGAACUCAGCGGUAGAGGGGAGCUGGUCGCCCGACUCACUGGACCUGUCGACAUUCAACCUGGGUGACUUCAGCACCACGCAGGGUGGGAGCUUAAGCGAAGAGAGUCUAAGCUCUGUGUCUGGGGGUGACGAUCUGUCAUCUCUGGACUUCCGCGACUUCCAGGGUAAUCAUGGGACGAUGAUUCCUGGGGCUGGGGAUGAAGGUUUUAUGAUGGAGGGGAUGCCAGUGGGUAGCAAUUUUGGGCUGUGA